AUGGCCUCACCUUUCCCCAUGGAUAAAGGACUCACUCUGCCCCAGGACUUUGUACACAGUCUGAAGAUUCGGGGCAAAUACGCCCUGUUCCUGGCAUUUGUGGUCAUAGUUUUUGUCUUCAUUGAAAAGGAAAAUAAAAUCAUAUCCAGGGUCUCGGACAAGCUGAAGCAGAUCCCUCAAGUUGGAACAGAUGCCAACAGCACCGACCCAGCCCUGCUCUUAUCGGAAAAUGCAUCUCUCUUGUCCCUGAGCGAACUGGAUUCUGCCUUCUCCCAGCUGCAGAGCCGUCUGUACAAUCUCAGCCUACAGCUGGGCGUGGAGCCGGUGAUGGAGGCCCAGGGGCCAGAGGCUGCAGCAGAGAAACCAUCCCAGCAGGCUGGAGCAGGGCACCGGCGCCACGUGCUCCUCAUGGCCACCACCCGCACGGGCUCCUCGUUCGUGGGCGAGUUCUUCAACCAGCAGGGCAAUAUCUUCUACCUUUUUGAGCCUCUGUGGCACAUCGAGCGCACAGUGUCCUUCCAUCAGGGAGGAGCCAGCUCGGCGGCCUCAGCGCUGGUCUACCGUGAUGUCCUCAGGCAGCUGUUGCUGUGCGACCUGUAUGUGUUGGAGCCCUUCAUCAACCCGCCACCCGAGGACCACUUGACUCAAUUCCUGUUCCGCCGGGGAUCCAGCCGCUCGCUCUGUGAGGAUCCAGUGUGCACACCCUUCGUUAAGAAGGUCUUUGAGAAGUACCACUGCAGGAACCGUCGCUGCGGGCCACUCAACGUGACCUUGGCAGCAGAGGCCUGCCUCCGCAAGGACCACAUGGCCCUCAAGGCCGUGCGCAUCCGUCAGCUGGAGUUCCUGCAGCCGCUGGCCGAGGACCCGAGGCUAGACCUGCGAGUCAUCCAGCUGGUGCGCGACCCCCGGGCCGUGCUGGCCUCACGCAUGGUGGCCUUCGCGGGCAAGUACGAGAGCUGGAAGAAGUGGCUGGCAGAGGGACAAGACCGACUGAGUGAGGAUGAGGUGCAGCGGUUACGGGGCAACUGUGAGAGCAUCCGCCUGUCUGCAGAGCUGGGCUUGCGGCAGCCAGCCUGGCUCCGUGGUCGCUACAUGCUGGUUCGCUACGAGGACGUGGCACGCAGGCCACUGCAAAAGGCCAGAGAGAUGUACAGCUUCGCGGGCAUCCCCUUGACCCCACAGGUGGAGGACUGGAUCCAGAAGAACACACAAGCGGCCCGGGACAGCAGUGACAUCUACUCUACUCAGAAGAACUCCUCGGAGCAGUUUGAGAAGUGGCGCUUCAGCAUGCCCUUCAAGCUGGCACAGGUGGUGCAGGCUGCCUGUGGCCCAGCCAUGCACCUCUUUGGCUACAAGUUGGCCAGGGAUGCUGCCUCGCUCACCAACCGUUCCAUCAGCUUGUUGGAGGAGCGGGGCACCUUCUGGGUCACGUAG